AUGAUGAUUGAACAAUUUGGCGAUUCAUCCCUGGCCAUCAAGAAGUUCCCCAAAACUCACAGUGCUUGAUUUUUUUUUAUGGGGCUAUGUAAAAGAUAAUGUUUAUGUACCACCAUUACCCGCAGAUUUGGAAGAGUUCAAAACCAGGAUUGCAGAUGCUGUGAAUGCCGUAACACAAGGUAUGAUCAGCAACGUUUGGGAGGAAUUUGAAUAGGUACCGUAUAGAGAUGUGUCGGGCGGCUACUAAUGUUCAUAUUGAACAUUUGUAAGUUGUAACUAAACUAAAUAAAACUUGAUUACUUAAUGAAUAUUUUUUGCUUCAUCCCAUCCUUAUAACUUCAUUUUUUUAAAAAAAUAAAAAUUUUUGAAAUCGGAUGAAACUUUUGAAACGCCCUGUAUAUUGUAGAAUGCGAAUUUAUGUUAUUUAACCAUAACCGUGUAAUCAAGUAUGUGAUAACAUGAUCCCCCGCAUAAAAUAAAUAAUCCUCCGUCACCCCCGAGCUGCCGCGAUUGCCAAUAGUAAUAAUUACUCUAUGUCGUAAUUUCACCGCGUGUUCCUCGAUAAACUCGAUUAUCAUUCAUUGAUCCUUAUAAUGAUUUUAGUAUUUUACCAGUCUCCUCAGGGCUCGUACAUUUUAUACAUAUUUGUACAUCUAAUUUUUUGUUCUUAAUAGGUACCAAAAUUUAAAUAUUUUGCAUACAAUUUAUAUUUAUCUUUGUAUAUUAUAACACGGUGACAAAUUUAAUAUCCAUACGAUUUUGUUUACAAAAAGUUGUGGUCAUAGUUAUAAAGGAUCUAUUAGAAAAAUACAAUGUGGAAAUAUAAUUAUACAUUUAAAAUUUGAAUAUGGGAUUUAAACAAACUUCUAAUGUCAUGUUUGUCUAAACCGAUUCACUUAGAAAUGUCAUCUAAUUUUACGUCUUAUAUGCAGUGAUGUUCCCAUUGGGUAUAAGUAUGCGUCGUAUAUUAGGUAUGUAUUCUCAAUAUUUAGUUGAAAAAUUGUAUAUAAAAUCAAAUAGUUUUAAAAAAAAAAAAAAUUGCCAUGAUAAUAGGUAUAUUAUUAUCAUUGUCCGUUGAUAAUAUUUUAUCCCGCAUUUUAUUUAUUUUGGUAAUUGUAACAAAAAAACUUCAUAAUUUUCUUAUGAUUUACAAGAGAUAUUUAAUUUUGUAUAACUGAAGAUAAACAUUUUCCUGUUAAUAUGAAAGAUAUAAAAUACCCCAUAUAAGACAGGAUGUAAUUGGCAUACUCUCAAAAAAAUUGAUGGGCACACCACUGUUUUUUUAUGCAUUCAUAGUGUAGAUAGGUAAUGAUUUAAUUUUCGCUACAAAUUAGUAAUUAUCAUGAUUUAUUUAACAUUUAUUAUUACUACCCAUCUAGUGUAAUCUAUUAUUUAAUUAUAUAUUAUAAAUUAAAUAAUUAACAUAAUCCACUAUACUACUAUAUAUUAUACAGCUAUACAAUUAGAAUUUUGUAGUAUAUUUAUCUUACAUUUUUAAAAUAUAAUAUUUGCGACAUUUAAUAUCAUAUAAUUAAUAUUUAUGUAUGCUGAAUAAUUCAAUUUGUUUGUAUUAUAAUGUUUGUAGAUUAUGAAACAAUAUCCGAAAGCCCAAGGGUUUAUUGCCCAAACAAUUGUGGUCAUAGUUAUAGAGGAAAUAACAGAAAGAAUCAUCUCAAUAGGCAUAUACAGUAUGAAUGUGGAAUCGACCCGCAGUUCCAAUGUCUUAUUUGUCAAAAAAGAUUUACUCAGAAAUCAAGUUUAAAAAGACACAUUUCUGAAGUACAUAAAUCACCUGUUAAGUUCACAUAAUUUAUAGUUUUGAAAUAAAAUAAAUAAACCUAGUAUAAAACUAUUAAUCAAUAAAAUGAAAACUUGGCAUAGGAAUUAAAUCAAUUUAUUUAGUACCUAGCUUUUUUUUUUUUCCCUAACAAUAUUGUAAGUGUACAACGUAGCAUUAAAAAAUGGAAUUAAAAGAAGUAAGUAAGUAGGUAAUAAAGUAAUACUAACCUACAUAGAACUUACAGUAUAAACAUUUUAAUGUAUUAUUACCUAAUAUGAAUUGUUAUGAUUAUAAUUUAACAUCUAUAAUAGACAUUAAAAUUAGUACAUUUUCUGUGGAUACCUAUGAAACUGUUAUAACUAUAAUAACUAUAUGAACUGAAAUUAAUUUUUGUUUCGAUUGUAAUUAUUUUAAAAUUUAAUUUAUACUAACUUAAUUAUAAAUUCAUGAAAAACUUAUGUUAAAAUCAGGAUUUGGGACUUAUGUAUAGUGUUUGAUUUUUUUUUUUUAACUUGACUCAUCAUUAAAUCUAGCUGUGCUAUGGAAAUUAAUAUCAUAUUAAGAUAUCAUAUGAAAUUUGAAAACAUUUAGGUGUUUAACUUAAAGCACUUUUUAAUGACUUAUAAUCAAGUUAUUUAAGUCUAAUAAAUCCUGAACCCUGGUUGUAAUAAAUAACAAUAAAUUAACGCAUAUACAUUUUUUUUUUUUCGAUCAUUGUAUUUAAAUAUUUGUAAUCAGUAUAAAAGUGUAUUUAUGAUUGUUUAAUAUUUUUAUUUAAAAUUUAAUCACAAAAAAGUAUUAAUGUUUGUGUGCAAAAUACCACAUAUUUGUCAUAUUUACCUGAUUUUCUUUCAUUGUAAAAAAUUAUAAUUAUUAUGAACUAUUUAACAAUAAUAAAAAAAAAAAUACCAGCAACUAGGUAUAAAUAAUAAUUCUAUUAUUAUUAUUUAUUAUUUACUUUUUCUUUUCCUUGAAAUUGGUUUAAAUGUAAUAAAUUGUUGUUUUAUUUAUUUAUAUUCAAUACCUACCACCAAAUUUAUUAUUUUAUUUUUGUUCAUUUUUUAUAUAUCUAAUAUGAUUUCAAAUAUUGUUUAUAGGUUGUGAUAAUAUGAAACUAAAGUAUUUGCCAUUUUCAUGUCCGAACAAUUGUGGCCGCAGUUAUAAAGGAGUUCGCGGAAAAUACAAUCUUAAAAGACAUUUAAUAUUUGAAUGUGGAGUGAAACCACAGUUCCAAUGUGAAACUUGUCAAAAACAAUUCAAUCAUAAAUCUAGUUUAAGAAAACAUGUCAUAUUGGUUCAUAAAACACUUAUUUAGUUUUAUAUAAAAACAUUUAUUAGAAUUUGUGUAAUAAUUGUAAAAAAAAAAUACAAUAACUACCUGAUAUGUACACAAUUAAAGCAUCCACAUAUGAUGUAAAUUUGUUGAUAAUUUAAAUGUAUCUAUUUUGUUAAAAAUGUAUAUAAAAUUAAUAUAUUUUUAUCUUAUGCAACCUGUGUAUACUAUUUGAGAAUAUGUGUAGUUAUUAUAAUAAUCUAUAACUAGUAUGUGCUUCACUAAUUGAUAUCGAAUAGAUAAAUAUCUAUUUAAUUCAUAACUUUUUAGUUACACACUUUUUAUCACAUCAAAUUUUAAUCUAAAUUUAGACACAAUUGGAGAUAAUCAUGGGUUUCAUUAUCCAAAAAACUUAUAGCUAUAAUUAUAAAGUUAUUUAAUACUCCAAUAUAGAGUGGACCCACAAUUAUAUUCGUGAUUAUCAAAAACAUUUCAGUAAUAAAUAAAUUUUAAAAUCACGUGUUUUUUUAACCAUUUCUUUUUAAUUUUUCAGCUGAGUAAGGGUAGAUGAUACGCAUAUUUAAAAAUUUAAUAUUUUUACUACCAAUUAAGGGUAACAAAAAAAAUCAAAACAAAAAACGUUCGUCCAUCUUUUUUUAAAUUCUUAAUUUAAACGCGAAAACCCACAUUUUUAUAAAAACAAUUUUAAUCUCUAAUAUGCUAAACUAGAAUCGUUUUUUAUUUUUAAAUUUGAUUUUUUUUUUGCGAAGAAAUUAAUAUUCAGACUAUAAAAAAAUAAACUAAUAAAACGGCUAUUUGUUGAUGAAUUUGAUGCUCACGACGUUCUGAAAUAAUUUUAAAAAUCAGAAACUUCGGGGGAAACCUAUUUUUUAACUAGCCAAACAUAAUAUCAAGGGAAGAAAAAUUUUAAAAAAAAAUCCAUGUCUACCAAAAUAUAUAUUAUUACAUGUAUAUAAUAAUAUGUAAUAUGUAUAUUAUAUAGGUAUAUAUAAUUAUUUAUACAUUUUUUUUUGUAUAUAAUUUUAUAUUAUUAUUUAUUGCUACUGUGUGAAAACUAGAAAUACCAUAACCACUGCCAUUGCUUAGACAUAUACCUGCCUUGCCUAUCCAAGUCUAGCUGGAUAAUUAAAUUUAUAUUGUGUAUAAUAAUUUUAGUAGUUUAUGAAACAAUGUUCGAAAAUCCGAGGAUUUAUUGCCCGAACAAUUGUGGUCAUAGUUAUAGUGGAAAUAACAAGAAACAUAAUCUCAACAGACAUUUACAAUAUGAAUGUGGAGUGGACCCACGGUUCCAGUGUGACGUUUGUCAAAAACAAUUCAAUCGAAAAGGAAGUUUAAAAAGACAUUUUAUACUCUUGCAUAAAUCAUUUAUUUUGUUAAAAUAGCUUAUAGGCAAUAUUGAAUUAAAUGAAUACCUAUGUUUAUAAUAAUAUAUAUGUAGUUUCAAUUGUAUAUUAGUUGGAAAUAAAUAAAUCAUUAAUCUAAAUUAAACAAUAAUUUGAUUUUAUGGCAUUAUUGUAUUGCACUCUGAUUAAUAUGUAGUAUAAUAUGCAGUGUAUUUCAGCGGAAAGUAACAGACUUGAAUCAUGCAAAAGUACACCAAAAAUAAUGGAAAAACUCUUUUUAAAGAAGAGGAGAGCUAAAUUUUUAUUUUUUAAGGUAUAGAUAAUUUAAGUUUUUUUUAAUAUUAUCUACCAUAUAUUUCUGUUGUGCAUCAUAAAAACUUUUCAACUUUAAACAUAUUUGUAUUUUAUUGUUCUACAUAUAUAGGUACCUACUAUUGUGCUAUCAACUAACAUACACAACAACUAGAAAUGUAUCUACAAAUUAUUUUUAAAAAAUUGAAAAAAGUAAACAAUGCUUUUCAAAAUUUGUAUUUUUAAAAUAAAUCAAGUGUAACUUGUGAAAUGUGCUUAUAGUUUGCUUUAUUAAAAUAGUUCUUUCCAGUUUAUAUACUGUUUUCUUUUCCGGUUCUUUUCAAUGUUAAAUCUAAUCAACAACAAUAAUUUAUAAAAAUAAAUAAUAUUAUUUAUUAACAAUUAUUAAAUAUAUUUAUAUAAUUACAAUACAUUUACAUUUGUUUUUUUUAUAGUUUGUACAGAUGUCUAAUUUAAAUUUUCUUAUAUUUGUAGAUUAUGAGAAAAUGAAAAAUACUUAUCAGAUUUAUUGCCCUAACAAUUGUGGUCGUAGUUAUAAAGGACAUUACAAAAAAUAUAAUUUGAAAAGACAUUUAUUGUUUGAAUGUGGAGUUGUACCAAAGUUCCAAUGUCACAUUUGUAAAAAACGAUUCAAUCAAAAAGCGAAUUUAAAAUCACACCUAAUAUGUGUUCAUAAUUUAGUUAUUUAAACAACAAAUAACAAACUAAUGUUUAUUUCUUCAAAUAAAAUAAAAUUGUUUAUUAGUAUUUAUGUAUUUUUUAUACUUUUAUUUAUUGAAUUAUGUUAACAAUACCUUUUCUAUAAUAAUUAUGAUUUAUUCGUAUUUCACAAUAUUAAGAAAUUACUACCUAUCUAAAAUAAUAUUUUAGUUUUAUUCUAUAUUAUUGAGAAAAUAAGUAGCCUAAAUUAAAUAGAAAUAUUAUACUAAAUAUAUUAGGCAGGUUUUUGGUCAUAGACUUAACUGAAGGAGUAAUUGAAGGACUAAACACCCUCAGGCUCACAAUAAGCACUCCUCAAAAUCCUAACCACAUUAUAAUUAUUAAUAUUUACAAUUUUUAUAUUAUAUUUUGCAUUAUUAUAAAUCAAGUUCAUUGUUUUAGGAUUUGUUUUGAAAUAUUUCAUUUUAAAUUUGUAGAAAAAAAUGGUUUCAAGUUUGAUACUAAUAAUAAAUAGGAUGGGAAUGUCAAUUUGCAUUGAAUACACUUUGCAUUUUUUUUCUAAACUUUGCUGUGCGCUGCUUAUUGUCACAAAUUUAUUUCGUUCACUUUUGAAUGAAAAUACAAACGUUGAUUUAGAUAAUUUUUAUGUAAAUAUAACAAACUAUUAAAUAGGUACUCUUAUUAUAUAAUACAUUAUAUAUUAUCGGUCAAUAGUAGUAUCAAAAACUAAACAACCAAAGUGACAUUUUUAGAAUUAUUAGAUUUCCUGUUUAAUAAUCUGUUAGAGCAGUAAAAUCGACUAUAUCGUUGUAUUUUUUUAAAAUAAUUUACAUCAAAACUAUUAAACAUAAACACAUUUUUAGUGAAUUUUUGAAAUGCAUUAUUUAGAAUUUUUAAAAUCAUUUAAAUUCAUUUUUUUAGGGUUUUAUAGAAUAUUACAUUCCCAGUCUUAGUAAUAAUAAUCAAUGUUACACCAAAUUUGUGAAUUUGCCGAUUUCAUGAAAUUAAUAUUUUAUUAGCACAAAAUACACAGAAAUUACAACUUAAAAACCAGCAUUCUUUUCAACCACAAGUUACUAAUUUAACUUCUAUAAUUUUUAAUAAAGCUGAAAAAAAUUUAUAUAAAUAAAGGUAAUAAAUACAUUACAUAUCAAACAUUAAACUUUCAAUAAAUUAAAAAUUGAUUAAUAUAAUGUGAAUCUGUUAUAAAUUAUAUACAGUUUCAAAAUAAAAAUCAAACAAGAUAUAACUUAAUAAACAGCACCAAUGAAAACUACAAAAAUAAGCCUAAUAAAAUAUUAAAACAAAAUCGUAUAAUUAAACGACAAAAUACAAUUAUUAACAACAUAGUGAAUAAAUUAAAAACAAAUAAUUCAGAAAUAGUUCUGUAGAUAAAUCUUGUGCUAUUGUCAUCAUUUAUAUUAAUGAAAUUCAUAAAAAAAAACUUCAGGUUUUAUAAAUAAUAAUAAUAUUUAAAACUUAUAUGACCCAGCUAUAAUUUACUCUAAACAAAUUAAAAAACAGAUAAUAAAUUCGAAAGAAAUCAUACCUAAAGUACAAAAGAAAAUAUUAUUAAAAUAUGAUUUCAAAAUAAAGGCUCAACACUCAUUAUUACUAUUUAAUUAAUAUCUUUUUAAAAUUAAGAUUGCUUUGAUAAUUUUAGAUUCUAAGUGAAGCGAUGAAUGUACUUGUUUUACAAUGAUGUUUAUUUAUAUAUGUAUUAUAUUAUGUACACAAUCUCUACUAGAAAUCUCGCUCCGAUUUUCAAGUGUAAUACUUUUUCUGAAAAGAAAUUUUAUCGAGUUGGUACUUUUACUCUAGUAAUUCAUUUUUUGAUUUUCCAAGCAGUUUUCAUAAUAAUUGAGAAAAAACCGGAAAAUUAACGAAAAUAAUGAUUUUAGUAUUUCAAUUUUAAUUUUUUGUUGUAAUUCAGUUAAAAAUGUUUUUAGAAACUUGAAAUUUCGACACAAAAAUUUUAUUUGUUAUUUUUAAAUAUAGUACAUUUUUAAAAACAUUUAAAUCAUUUUUAUUUAUAGCUAUUUUAUAUUUAUAGACAUUUUAAUUUUACUAGUUUUUUACAUAAUUUUCAUUCGGUAGGUACUCUGUGGAUAAAAAUGUUAUACUAAACAUAAAUGCAUGCAAAUUUAUUUGGGAGUUUGUUAUAAUUUGUGCUUAGCGGUCAACAAAAAAAUUUUGGUUUAAAAUAUAAUAUUUUUUUUUAAUAAGAAUUUUAAUAUCAAAUUUUGACGAAAAUCAUAAAUAUUACGGCCUUUUAAAACAUGUAUAAUAGAACUCCGCUUAGAAUUGUUUUUUGUUAACAAUAAUUAAUCGUUGCGUACAGAUAUAAGCACAUUAAAUUCCCCUUAUAUCCUACUUUCUCAACUUUUCACAAAAAACAGUGGUUCAUCCAUCCUGCCUAUUAUGUCCGUCUUUUUUAUCAUAUUAUAUGCUGAUUUUAUGAUGAACGGAAGAGCAAAGAAACAAAAAAAAAAAUUUUUAUCACUUGACAUUUUAUAAUGUCACCACUAUGCGACAAUAACAAAACUCGAUAAGUAUUCAUAAUUUUAUUUUUCGAUGGUAAUAAAAGUUGUAGAAUGCAUACAAAUUAGUGCAUCAAAAGACCAUAUUAUAAAUUAAAUCAAUAUUUGAGAACCUUUGAUUUUUGAUCAUUAGUUAGACUAUUAGUCAGUUUAAACAUCUUCAUAUCUUGUUUCAAGAGUAUAAGUGAUGACCUCUUUUUAUUUUGCUUAUUUGUUCUAUUUUAAUAGAAGAAUACAACCCUUACUAGGACCUGUCACCUUGCCACUUAUUAAUAUUAUAAGUAUCAAUUAAUAUUACUUCUGUGUAAUUGAUAUUUAAAUUAUACUUACAGACUAUGAUUCAAUAGCCCAUAUUCAUUAUAUGUAUUGCUCAAAUGCUAUCACUUCAAGAACAUUCUUAAAAGACAUUUAUUGUUGGAAUUUAGAAUUAAACCACAAUUCCAAUGCUAUACUUGUAGAAAAACAAUUCAUACAUGAAUCAAGUUUACAUUAUUAUUAUGCAUAAUUUCAUUAUUUAAUUUAAGUGCUUCAUUUUGUCCUUCAUUUAUAAAUUACCUACUACAUAAGGGCUACUUUUAUUCAAUUAUUUUAAUAUAAUAUUUUUUAAAAAUAGUUUAUAUUAGAAAUAUCUUGUGAAAAUUGGAGUUUUUUAUGCUAUUUGUAUACCUUGUAUUAUAAAUAUACCAUAAUUGAAAUAGAAUAAUUAUAUUUUGAUACCAUAAUUAUUGUUUUUAUUUCUUAAAAAUCUGUGCUGUAAUUAAAUGGCAAAUUUGAGUGUAUAAAUUCAAAUUAUAUUAUUACCAUUAUAAGGGGUGUAUUUCAGGUUAAUCACAUGUGAGGUGAAGUAGAAAAUCAUGUAAUUGUACCAUAGGAGGAAAUUGAGAGGCCAAAUAAGCUUAGCUUCACAAAAUCAUCCAAAUUCUUCAUGAAAUUUGUAUUUUAUUCAAUCCAUCCUAAAGACUGUAGAUAAUAUUAUGUGAAAUAUGGUACAUAUGGCACAUUUUUGGAAAGGCAAUGGCCCCUUUCCUACGCCCCUCUCCUACAAAGAGACAUACCUGAACUCUGAAAAAUACAUUUUUCAGUUUUUGUUCUUGUAAUUAAAUAUUUUAUUAUUAUUUAGUAUUCAUUAAAUUUAUUUCCGUGAUUAGUUUUUUAUAAAAAAUAAAAUUAUAUAUAUUUUGUUUGAUAAAAUGUAUUGCACCCCCAACACUACAAUUGGUGAUUUUGCUGACGACAAGGCGCUCCUAGCGAUCCAUUCCGACCCCGAAAUAGCCUCAAACCUCGUACAAAAUCACCUCAAUCUCUUAUCAACCUGGUAUAAAGACUGGGGAAUAAAAAUUAAUGAAACAAAAUCCAUCCAUUAUACGUUCACUCUAAGGCAAAUAGUCUGCCCGCCCAUCUUCCUCAACAAUGUACCUCUCCCAACCGCCCAAAAUGUUAGAUACCUAGGUUUACAUUUAGACCGCAGGUUAACUUGGGCANUUAUUUCCGUGAUUAGUUUUUUAUAAAAAAUAAAAUUAUAUAUAUUUUGUUUGAUAAAAUGUAUUGAAUAUAAGCUACUUAAAGGUAUAAUUAAUUUUAGUGCUUUCUGUAGUUUCUGUUUUUGUUAUUGAAUAAUGAUACCAACCAAAAUUAAUUUAUAAGUUGGUAUAUCUUCAUUUAGUUUUUUUAUGUAAGAAAUUUAAAUUUGUUUCAUGUCAAUAUUUUUUAUUUGUAGAUUAUAACAUGGUGGCAAAUAUUCAUUAUAUUUUCUGCCCAAACGGUUGUGGUCGUAGUUAUGCAGGAUGUAUGAAAAAAUCGAAUUUGAAAAGGCAUUUAAUGUUAGAAUGUGGAGUUGAACCAAUGUUCCAAUGCUAUGUUUGUCAAAAACGAUUCACACGUAAAUCAAAUUUGAAAAGACACUCUAGCAUGCAUAACAAGCACGUAUUGUACUCAUAAUUCAUGUAUUUAGUUAUAUUAUUUAAUACUUCAUAAUUUGUUAAACAAAAUUAGAAACACAACUAUAUAUUUAAAGAUAAACAUACAUUUUUAUUUAUAUAUAUAUUUAUAUAGAUUUUAUUAAAAAAACAAAAAUGGAAGUAAUAAUUAAUAAUUAAUUAAUUUUUGAUUUUGAUUUUUAAACACCUACUUCUAAAAUUUGUAUUAACCCAAAUCAAGUGAAAUACGCCAACAAAUAUUUUUGUCGCAUUAUGAACUCAUUCUGGCCCAUUGUGCACUGUAGACAAAAACGCAUAAUAUAUUUAGAGUUUAAUGUGCAAAUAGUACUAGUAGUAAAUUAUUUAUGUGCAUGUAUUAUACUCUGCACCACGAGAGAACGCAUAUGGUAGCGGACCAAAACUCGUAUAUUUUCUCACAUCCUUACUACAAAGUAUGCACAACCGACUCCCACUACGAAAUACAACGACGCAUUCGACAACGGAGUGUGAUCAUGUGGAUGCGCGAGCCAUAUGCGUUCUCACAGUAUAUAAGUAAAUUAGCGAAGCAUCGCUCAUGGACAUAAGAGUUCCAGGUAAACUGGUAAUAACUGGUAUCCUUGAACUAGAAUCAGAAAUUUAUUAAUAACCUAAUAGCAACAGAAAUAGUUACAAAGAAUAAUAAAACUAAAAUAGUUAGUUUUCUAACACUAAUCAGGGAUGAUAGAAUCAAAAUAUACAAUACCCUGAAAAAACAAGAAUUGUUAGAAAGUGAUAAAAAGGAUUUUCUUUAUAAAGAUUUAAUAUAGUUUGAAAAAAAAUGUGUUACGAAGAAAACAUUAUAUUAAGACAUUAUUUUCUUAUCUACCGACAAGUAAUAGAUGAAUCAUUAAAAUAUAACUACGUAACUGAACUUAAGACCAAGGUAGCAAGCUGUGAGUACAGUUAUUUAAAAAAAUCAAUCAUUAUGGAUAAAGUGGUACCUAAUAUUAAUAAUAAAGUGUUAUAAGAAUAUUUAAUUAGCAUUACAGAGUUAAAAAGCUUGGAUAAAGCUAUUCAAAUAAUCAAGGACACCAAAUUUUCUCAUGAAUGAGUAAUACAAAUUAAUUGCAAAAAUGAAGACAGUUUAUCAGUAGACCAAGUUUAGAUUAAGUGGUACCUAAUAUUAACAUCCAAGUGUUAUAAGAAUAUUUAAUUGGUAUCACAGAGUUAAAGAGCUUGGAUAAAGCUAUUAAAAUAAUCAAGCACACUAAAUGUUCUCAUGAAUAAGUAGUACAAAUUAAUUGCAAAAAUGAAGACAGUUUAUCAGUAAACUAAAUUUAAAAAGUCUCAAAUAUAAAACAUAGUAGCAAGAAUGAUCACCAUAGAAAUAGUUCAAAUUACUCAGUGAAACCAUUAGAAAUUCCUUAUAAUAGAAUCACAUCAAACAAGGGAUAUUGUUUCAAGUGCAAUAGAGAACAUGAAUUUGGGAAAUCUGGUUAAGCAAAGACAUGAAUGUAGUUAUGAAGCUAGAUACAAUAUCACAAAUAUAUUUACCACCGAUUAAACAAUUUAAAAUUGAAUAAUAUUAGACUUAAAUCCACUAGUGUUAAGAUAAAAGCAUACGAAGGGUUAAACUUAGGCCUAUAUGCAAAAUUGUAUUACACUGUUCAAUUAAAAAAUGAAAUAUUAUUAAAUUAUUAAUCUUAAUGAACAGCCAUUGUUGAGAUUAACAAGUUGUAUGGAAUUGGGGUUGUUUAUGAGAAAACAUCUUGCAAAUCAAGUAGGUAGUUUAAAAACAAAUAAUUUAAUUGAUUGAUAGCACAAACUAAUUGUUUAUAGCCAAUCAUAAAGACAUUUUUCAGGAUAUGAGAAUGUUUCUGUUUGAGUAAAAAAUUAAAAGAAGUGAUACUGUGAUUGAUAUUAUUAAACCAAACAGGUGAGUAUUGGACAGUAAAAACAAAUUUAAAAAUAAGUUAAGAUAGUCAUCUGAAAAGUGGUAUCAUAGAAGCAGUUGAAAAACCAAAAACAGUAUUUAAGUAAUAUUGUUAUAGUUUAUAAAGCAGAUGGGAACAAGAUUGUUCUUAGACUCUCAGAAAAUAAAUAAAGUAAUUGUGAGAGAAUACCUAUUAGUUCUUACAUUAGAUGAUAUUUGAAGUAAGUUAGUUAAUAAGAAGUAUUUCAGGGUUUUUGAUAUUAAAAAAGGGUUUUAGCGGAUAAAUUUAAAUGAUGCAUCAACAGACUCAAUAUACACAUUUAGAACUUCGUGGGUUAUUUUGAAUUUACAAGACUCCCUUUUGGUAUAUUCAGUACACCAGAAACAUUUAUCAAGAGAAUUUGGGAUUAUUAAUGUAUAGACUAUUAAAAACAAAAUUGCCUGUACCAAAAGAAAAACUAAAACUAACUAUGCAGGAAGACAAUCAUUGAAGUUUAAAGAAUUUGCAGGACAAGUAUAAAGAGCGGCACGAUAAGGAGAAUAAUAAAAAAAAGAUUACUCUUUAUGAGUCAUUAGAAUCAUGAUAAAGGCAAAUACUUCAUGGUCCUACUAGAUAAAGAUUGGUAAUGGGAAUACAACUAGAAAGAAUAUAUGCCAUUUGAAACCACCACCUAAAUGAAUUCAAAAAGAGUAUGAACUCUUAUGAUUUAGAAUAUUCAAAUGAGAUUGGGGAAGUUAUGAGUCGUAAGACUGUGGAAGAAAGUAAACAAGGAAAAUGUAGCAAAGAAGUACCUAGUUAAUACUAUUCGAUAGGCCAGGGUAGUUAAGGUUGAAUCUUUAAAAAUGUAUCAGUUAUUUAAAGUGUUUAUUGAAUGUGCAUAUAUUAUAUAAUAUCUAUAAAAAUAUUCAUGUUACUGAAAGCAAUUAUAUUAUUAAGUGACUAUUAUGUAUGUUGAAUAAAGAGCUUAAUUAUCUUUAUAAAUUAUAAUACAUAUCAUAUUCAUAUACAUAUAUAUACCAUUACAUAUUACUUAUAAAAAAAUAUACAAAUUAUCGUCUUAGGACUGUAGACAGAAGUGAAAACUUCUAAUAAAUAUUGAUUAUUGGUUUAAAUUAAACUUAAAAAUGGCAGACUUAAUUGAAUCGGUGUAUGAUAAAUAAGCAUAAUUAAUAUUUUAUAAAAUCAGUUUAACUUUUCAAAGUUUCAGUUUUUAAUGAAUUCAUUUUUACAUGUUACACUUCCUCGAUAGUUGAAUUAUUUUAUCUUUAAUAAUUGUCAUUAUCGGAUUAUGGUAACUAAAAUAUAAUACAAAUAUAUCGUUCGAAAAUCCAAAUUUUUGGAUUUUAAUUCUGACAGACUAUUUGCUCAGGAUACGUUAUUAUCUGCAUUCACAUAUUAAGUUGGUAAUGUAUAUAUUUUCGUAAUCAUGAGAAGUGACCUUGAUAACAUAUCAAAAGUCACAAUUUUAAUUGAAAAGAAUAGAUCGAGGAUUGCAUUCAUAAAUGCAUAGAUUUAUUUAUUGUAUAUAAACGAGCCGCUAUUCGCUGGUGAACGUGCGCACACACGUAUAUAAUAUAUAGAAUGUAUGUUUACAGAUAUACUGGAUUGAAAGCGUAACAUUUGUCAGUGUCUCAGUUUUCAUUUCAAAAAACCAUUUCAUAUCUUAAUUUUAUUAAAUAAGGAGAAUAUAAAUGAGUUUUAUGUUGUGCACACUGUAUUUUAUCAAUGACGGUACACUGUUAUAUCAGCCAGCUGCUUGUUUUCGUAUAGUCUCUCGGAUGGAUUUAUGAAAUAUGAAUCACGGUUGACGAUUCUUUUCUAAUUUCUAUGAUCACGAGGUUGUUUGGUAUUAUUAUAUUAUUAUGUUUAUAUCAUUACUAUCUAAAUAUAAUAUUAAUAUAUCUUACCGAUUUAUUAUAACCAUGAUAAAAUAAUAUUUUAAAUGUUAUUUUGUUAUGGUCAUAACUAUUAUUAUUCCCAUGAUUAAAUGAAAUAAUUAUUCCUACAUACAACAAUAAACACCAUGACAAAUGAAAAGCAUUUUUUUAAUCCCCUCUCCAAUUUAAGACAUAAUUUAUCCGUACACUCAAUAUUGCCAAGAUUAAAAGUUUUUUUUUUUACCUUUAAAGUUAAAGGUUAUUAAAUGUCAUACAAGUAAUUUGAAUACCUACUUACAGUAUAACUAUAUUAUUGUAACAUAUAUAUAUUGUAUAGUUAGCAAUUAUUUUAUUAAGUAUUAUCAUAGCUUUGGUUAAUAUGAUUUAUCUCCUUUAAAAUAGAUUGUACUUUUUAUUAUUAAACUGCUUUUUUUAUAUAUAUAUAUAUACACCUAAUUUAUAAACACAUGAAAACGAUUAUAUUUCUAGAAUACAAUACUAUGUCUAUUAUUCAACGGAUUUUUUGCCCAAACAGUUGUGGUCGUAGUUAUUCCGGAAAUCACAGAAGCACAAAUCUUAAAAGGCACUUAAGGUAUGAAUGUGGGAUUGAACCACAGUUUACAUGUUAUACUUGUCAAAAACGAUUCAGUUUUAAAUCAGACUUAAAUAGACAUACUAUCAUGUUGGGUCAUAAAUUAUUUAUUUAGCUUUAUCAAUUAAUAAUAAUUAUGUUUUAUUUCAGAGUAAUAAUAAAAUUUCCUUUUUUUUUUUUUUCUAAUGUUUCUUUAUUAAUUUAAAAUUAAUAAAUAAUUUGGUAUUGAUAAUAAACAAUUACUUUAAUUAAUUAUUCCAUUAAUUUAUAGUUUUCAAAAUACAUAUUAAGAAAAAAUUAGAUUAAAUAAAUAAAAUGUACCUUCUUAAUUUUUUUUUUUGUUAAAUAUAAAUUAAUAUAAUAUGUACAAUUAGGUAUGCAUGGUUUAGUAGACCGCACUUCUGUAACUUUGUUGUAAAUGUACACAUCAGUAGUUAAUGGUUAAGUGAACAAAUAAAAACUAUGUGUUGUUUUAAAUGUUUCUGCAUUGUUUAAUAUCUCACUUGAAUAUAAUUUGUAAAACGUUGUCAAUAACUAAUUAUUUGUUUACACUUUUUUUUCCUUGUAGUAAUUAGAUAUAGAUUAUGAAUUUAUGGCACAGUCAUCAAAAUUAUUGCUCAAUUGACUAAGGUUGUAGUUUCACAGCAAAUUUGAUCUUAAUAGACAUCUAAGGUAUAUAAAGUGUGUACAGUUGAACCACAGUUUCAAUGGCACAUCUGUCACAAACAACUUUUGUCUUCAUCAUUUGUUUAGUUUGUUAAAUCCUAAAUUAAUUAUGAUUUAUUUUAAACUUAUAAAUAAUUACUACCUAUCUGUUAUUUUAAUUUAAAUUUAUUUGGAAUUGUUAAAAAUGAAAUAUAAUUGAGAAUAUUCUGCUAUUAUUGUAGUUUUUUUAAAAAUAUUUUUAUAUUUUGAAGUAUAAAUUCUAAAACUUAUUUAUACAUGUAUGUAGUAUAUUAUGUAUAUUCAUUUUUAUUUUUAUUUUUAUUUUAUAGACACAAUAGCUGAAAAUAUAUGGAUUAUUUGUCCAAAUAAUUUUGGUUUUAUCAAUAAAGGGAUCAAAGGAAGAUGGGUCUUAAUAGAUAUUGAAGGUAUAAAUGUUUAGUUGAAACACAAUUCCAAUGCCAUAUUUGUUGAAAACGAUUUACACAUAAAUCAACUUAGAAAAACUUGUUUCUAAAACAUUAGUUUUUCUUAUUGAUUGUUAUUAUCUAUAAAAUAAUAAUAUAAUAUAAUUAACAACAUUUUAAUAUAAUUCAAAAUUAUGAAGUAGGUACCUACUUAUAAUAAAAUGAAAAAAAACCAUUAAUUUUAUGAAAUUUAUUAAAUAUAAUUAAAUAUAUUCUGUUGUGAUUGGACUUAUUAUUUUAUUUUUUUUAUACCUUUAAAUUUUAAUUAACUAUAUCCCUAUGGUAAUGUUAUAUACCUAUAGAAUAAUUGAUUAUGAAUAUGUACUAGUUAAAGAAAAUGUAAAAAUAAGUACUAAUAAUAGAUUAAUUUGAAUGUGCUCAAACAAAUGAUAUUACAAUAAUUUUUUUUUUUUUUUCAUAUGGCAAUAAUUACAAUAAUUGAUAGUAAUAUUCUCUGUAGUAUCUAUUUUUUUUUAUUUAAAACAUUUCAAGAAUGUCUGUAUCAAAUUAUUUUUUAUAUAGAUAUAUUAAAUUUGUUUUUUAUAAUGUUUGUAGAUAACAAAUUGGCGGAAAAAAGAUUAUAUUGUCCAAACUAUUGUGGUCGUAGUUAUAGAGCAAUUGGCCAUCUUAAUAGACAUCUAAGGUUUGAAUGUGGAGUUGAAUCAAAGUUCCGAUGUCACGUUUGUCAAAAACGAUUUGCUCAAAAAAAUUUAAAAAGACAUCUUACAUGUGUUUAUGGUGUAAUUAUAUAGUUUUUACUAAGUAUCUAAUUGAUGAUCAUUAUAUUUGUUUUAAUGGCAUUAAAAUAAUUUACCCUAUUAAGUUAUAAUUUAAAGUAAGCUGUUUUUUAUUCUGAGUGGAGCGAGGAAUGUAUUGGUGUUACAAUGAUUUUAAUUUUUUUUACACUUUUUCUACCAGAAAUCUUACUCCGAUUAUCAAGUAUAGCACCUUUUCUGAAAGGAAACGUUCUCUGGGUGGUACUUUAAAAAAGUAAUUUUUUUAAAAUGUUCAUUAAUAUUUAAAAUAAUGAGGAAAAUCUGAUGCUUUAGGUUUUAAAAGAUUAAAAAUAAGGUUUUCAUUGGCAACCUUUUUUAUUUAUUUAUUGUUGUUAUUAAGUUUUUAUUAUUUUAAUCUUUAUAAAACAAUCAUUGUUAUCAUGGAAACACAUUAUUAUAAUCAUUUUACUAUAAUAUGACAUAGGUAUACUGUUGACAAAGCAACACUAUCAACUGAACUCCGCUCAAAAUUGUUUAUUCGUUAGCAAUGGGGUUAUUGUUGCUUACAGAUAUACAUUAAAUUCCUGUCUUUAUUAUACCUUCCCAACUGCCCUCCUACAACAUUGGCUGCGCCCAUGUGUGAAGUAUGUCCUUCCUUUUUUUAUUUGUUUAAUGUUUAGAAAUGACAUUACACAUUUAAUUAAUAAUGUUGGUAUUCAUUAAUAUGAAUAUAUAAUAUCCGCAAAGAAAAAGGUUUUUAGGUAUUUUUGGUACGAAUAUCCAAUUGUUUAUUCAUGGAUUACCUUGAUGACAUGGAUGACAAUUUGACUGUCAUGAACAAGAAAAUUAUUAUUAUUACUAUUAUCUAGCAGCAACAAAGCUAGUAUUUAUAUACAGGUUGAUUCACUCAACUUGAAAUGCUUAUUAUCUCAGUAAGUACUGUAAAAUGGGGUGAAUAGGGGCGGUUUUUUGAUGAUAAAAACUCAAAUUUAUAAGAAAAAUGUUUUAGAUGGAUUACCAGAUGAUUCAUUUAAUUGGGAAAAUUCAUUAUCUCGGAAAGUAUUAACUUUUUCCGGAAUUUGUUUUCUAGAACAUUUAAGAAACAAGGUGUUCUGCAAUUUUAUAUUUAUGUUAAUUUUGUUCACACCUAUUGUAAACUGUAGAGACAUAUAUAUAUAUAUAAUUUUUAUAUGUUAUUUUAAUUUGAUUAUUAUUAUAUUUAAUUAUUUGAAAAUAAAUAAAAUACAUUUGAUUUGUUUAUUUAUAAGAUUAUACUACUAGUAGGUAUGCUUUUCAUUUAAUAUACAAAUAUAGGAGUAUAUUAUAAUAUACUAAUUAAUAUACUGUAACUUCUUAUUGAUUAAUAACUUGCUUGAUUUGCUUAAUAUUACUUUCUAAAAUGGUUAGUAUCAAUUAUUUUUGUGUAAUUAAAAAUGUAUAUCUAUAGAAUUUGGUAAAUGGGUACUUAUAGUCUAUAGGACAAUAAGUGUCUAUUGUUAGCAGCAAAGGGAGAUAUGUAACAAAUUACAAAAUAGUUAAUAUUGUUAAAAAAUACAAUUAAAAAUAAUUCAUUGUCCCCCUGGAUUUUCCAAGACGAGCAUACAUAUAAGAUUUAUUGUAUAAAACAAUUUUUGUGCUACUAACUUAUAAUAGAAAGAAAAUUAUCAAAAAGUAAUUUAUUAACAUUUUACAAAGUAGCUAUAACUUUUUUUUUAAAUACCUAAUAUUUUUAUAGAUUAUGAAAAAAUGGACAUAAUUCAUCGAUAUUAUUGUCCAAAGAAUUGUGGUCAUCAUUAUUCCAGGAAAUCAGAUCUCAAUAGGCAUUUCAAGUAUGAAUGUGGAGUUGGACCACAAUUCCAAUGUCCUAGUUGUCAAAAACGAUUCACUCAGAAAUCAUAUUUAAAACAACAUUUCCUAUUUGUUCAUAAUUUAUUGAUUUAGCUGUACCAAUUGAUCAUGUUUGUAAUUUAUUUUACAACAAUAAACAACUUCCAUGUAUUUAAAACAAUAUGUUGGCUCUGCUAUAAUUAUUUCAAAAAAAAAAAACUAAAUUAAACAUUUUGUUGUGUAGUUUCCAUUCUUGUUAUUGUUUGUAUUUUAUUUUUAAACUUAUUAUUAUUAUAUAAUAAUAAUUAUUUUUGUGUAAUUAAUAUAAAUUAUGUUUAUGGAUACUGCCAUAAUAGCAAUUAUUCAUCAAAUUUAUCCAAACAAUUUCAGUUGUAGUUAUGACAAGAAGAAAAUUCUCAAAAGACAUUUGUCAAUGCAUCUUAUUUUUAUAUAAUUACAUUUUAUUGUAUAUAUAAUGUUAAAUGUUUAUAGGUUUAUUGAUACCUGAAAUUCAUUGAAUUUAUUGCCCAAACAAUUGUGAUUGUAGUUAUGUGGGAGAAUACAGGACGAUGCAUCUCAAAAGGCAUUUAAGAUAUGAAUGUGGAGUUUAUCUACAGUUCCAAUACUAUGUAUGCCAAAAAUUAUUCAGACAUAAAUCAAAUUUAAAAACUCAUGUUUUUUUGUAAACAUAAAUUAAUUAUUUAGCUCUACAUAAUACCUACCUAUUUCUAAUUGAUAUUACCUAAUCAUGAUUUAUUUAACAAUCAUGAAAAGAAAUUACUUAUGUAAAAUGUUCGGUAGUUUUAGUUUUGUAUUAUUGUACAGAUUUGAAAAAAGUCUAAACUAAAUAUUUGCAUGUUUACUGUUAUGAUCGCAGUACCUAUAUGCUUUUCAUUUUUCUAAUGGCUAUUUUUAAAUUUGAAUAUGUUAAGUAAAAGUAAUCAUUGAAAAAUAAGGGGGUUAUAUCACCAAAACAGUGUCUACCUACAUUUAAUUAUUGCCUAUUUUAUAUUAGCUAUAUAUAUAUAUAUAUACCCAUAUACUACUAUACUUUUUUUAUUUGAUCAUUUGUUAAAUUUUUUUUUGUAUAGAUAUUAAGAAAACUGAAAAUAUCCAGCGAAUUCAUUGUCCUAACAAUUGUGGUCGUAGUUAUAAAGGAUAUUAUGGAAAAUACAAUCUUAAUAAGCAUUUAAUGUUUCAAUGUGGAGUCGAACCACAAUUCCAAUGUCCUUAUUGUCAAAAACGAUGUACUCAGAAAGCAGAUUUAAAAAAACAUGUUUUGUUUGUUCAUAAAUCAUUUAAAUCAUUUAAUUGAUUUAUAAUAAUAAAUAAAACAUUAUUAUUUCGAAUAUUGUUUAUAAUAAUUGUGAUUUAUUUAACAACAAUGAAAAACUAUUACCUGUUUAUAGUAUUAAUUUUGUAUUAUUUGAAUAUUGUCGAAAUUUAUUUAUAAUUUUGUUCGAAUUGGGCUGCAGUUUUUCUAAAAAAUAUUUUAUAGGUACUUUAAAUUAUUAAAAAAUGCCCUACAAAUAAUAUCAAACUAUCAAAUGUUUACUUUAAUAAGUUUUUUAUUAAUAAUUAUAAGUACUGAUAUAUCUACUUACAAAUAAAAUUAUUACCACUGUAUAAAUCCUGAUGGGGGUAAUAAUAACCUUCAGAAGUCUAAAAGCAACCAAAAUGGAUCUAGAAACAGGCAGCAACAUAUUUUGAGUAUCAAGCUAUCAAAUAUACCUAGAUUUUAAUAAUAAUUUUACAGUCUCUAUUAAUUGAAAUAAAAUAUGAUGCUUUUGAGAUAGUGGAAGCCAACCUUAUAAAUGCAUCCUAUAGAGUUAUUAAUUAAGAUUAUUGAUUAAUAUAAUUAUUUCUACAACGAGGGAAACGAGAAAACAAUUUUUCAUUGGUAAGUAAGAAAUAAUAAAAAUAAGAACAUGUUUUAGGAUUAGAAAUUUAACUCAGCUAAUGUUGCCAUAAUUUCAUAAAGCAAAUCCAUGACGAAUAGAAAAUUAGUAAAUAAAUUAGACUAAAAAUAUGAUUGAAUCAUACAAGAUACCUAUACAAUUUAUAUGUAUUAAAAAAAAACCGACUUAUUACAUAUAUUAUAAACUAAAACAAUGCAACAAAAAUUUUACUUAUUUUUUUUAAAUUAAAUAUUUAGGAAAUUAUAAAUUUAUUAUAAAAAGCACAUUUUCUUUUUCUUUUUUUUCAAUCAUCUUAAACAUAUAAUUAAUAACUAAUUAGGAUACUAAAUAUAUAAGGUUUUAUCCACUCUCUUAUAUACCUGUUAUAAUAUAUUUGUAGUUGUAUCAUUGUUUUAAACCGUAUUCAUUAAAACUCUUAUUGUUUUUCUCAAUUACUUUCUUCAACACCCUUUGCCAUACAAUCAAAGAUCACCCAGAAACAACAUCAAGGGCAAGGCGGUUGAUCACAGAGGUUUUCUUUUAUUUGAAACUUCUAUAAAAACGAGGUAAUCAUUAGAAUAAAUACAAAAAUUGGAAUAUGACAUGGAAAAUAAAACUUCAGAAUGUAAGUGGUGCAACAGUACCAGAAAUUGAUUAGAAACUCAAAUAAUGAGGGUUUUUCAGUUUCUAUGAAUCACAUAAGGGGCAAAAUGAAAUUGAUCCUAGAUUCAGGAACACUAAAAUGCUUAAUCAGCAAUAGCAUAAAAUGAUACAACACUCAAGAAUUCGACCCAGCAAUAAAAUUCAAGGUCAAAAAAUCUGAAACAUUUUUUGAGGCUAAUCUAACUGGAAAAUUCAACUUCAUGUAUAGUGAACAGGAAGGAAAAAACCAACAAUAGUCAAAGUUCUGUCAGUACAAAAACGUAAGAAUAAGAACAAAAGAAAGCUUGAAAUUAAUAGUUUUCUACUAGCUUUUGAAAAUGGUUACGGGUUUUAUAAUGAAAGAAAAUGAUACUGUCUCAAUUGUUGUUAAAAAUGUAUUACAAUUUUAUAAAUUAAAUUUUGGAAAAUUGUUUUUGCAAAUCUCAAUACUAAAAAUGGAGAUUUUGAACUUUGAAGAUGUCAGAAAGAUGUAAAAUCAGAUCAGUAGCAUGAAGGUCGAUUUUUCAAGUAAGGCCAAAUUUUAUACAUAGUGUCUACACAAUUAGACAACAAUCUAGACAACAAACAACAAAGCUACUGCAGUUAGUGCAUAAGUGCCCUUAUUAAGACCCAUGUAAACACUUUAUACCAAAUGGCCAACAUCCUCAUCUUGCCACUAUGUCAGUUCCAAGAGUUUUAUCAAGCUGUACACAAAUGGGUAUUCAAGAAUAGAAAAGAAGAUACAAUAAUGCUAAAUUGAGGGAAGUGUUGGAAUUUGACAAUUUAACUUAGUAAUAUAAUCAUAAUAGGUGGUAGUACUUUUUAUGAUAAAUCACAUUUGUUUAUACAAAAAACUGUAUAUUCAGUGUUAAAUACAAUGAUAUACAAUGAGUCUAAAAUCAUUCAAACUUAGUAAACAAACAAUAGAUAUUCAAAUAAAUAGAUAACCAAUAAAGUUUUUUGGUAUCAAGUAGGUUAAUGGAAACGUUUCCUUAGAAUUACUUUUCAGAUCAGAGGUAAAUAAAAAUGAAUCAGUUGGAUCGAGUGUUGCUUCUAUAUUAUUCAUUGGCUUGUAUAAUGUAUUCCUCUUUUUGAUUACUGUAAUAUUAAGCCUAUUAAGUUGUCUUCUGUUAACUUUGCAGUAUUUCUUCCUUUUUUAUAUGCAAUAAAUAUUUUGUAUGAAAUUUGUAAAAAUAUUAAUGGAUUUUUUACUUUUACAAGGGUAAUGCAUUUUAAUAAUUUGUUGUGUUUCAAUUCUGUUUAUUUAAUAAUAAUAUAUCACGUUGCUUUUUUUAUUUAUGUACACAUAAAACAGUGUGUAGGUAGACUAGAUUUAUUAAAUAUGUUUUGUGUGUAAUUGAUUAAAACAUUUAAACGAUAUUAUGUUUAUAGAAUAUGUCACAAAUACGGAAAAUAUUCAAAAGUUUCACUGUCCAAACAACUGUGGUCGUAAUUAUUCCUGGAAAAAAAAUCUUAAUAGCCAUUUAAUGUUUGAAUGUGGAGUCAAACCACGGUUCCAAUGUCAUGUUUGUCAAAAACGAUUCAGUCAAAAAUCAAAUUUAAAAACCCACCUUAUAUGUGUUCAUAAUUUGUGUAUUUAAUUAUAUAAGUCUUUAUACUAAUUUAUUUAAUAUUAAUAAAAAAAUAUUUGUAUCAAUUAAAAAUGGUCAUAAUAGUUUAAUUAUACAUUAUUUGAUAAGAACCUAAAUAUCUAAUUUAAUUUUAAUAUUUGCUAAAAAGCUAAUAUAAUUAUGGAUUUUCGACAUCUUUUCAAGUAUAUAACACUUAAUAUUACACAAUAUUAUUUUUCGUGUUAUUGAUUAAAAAAAUUUAUAAUUGAACACUUCAUAAUGGAAAUUAUUCAAAUGACUCAUUAUUGUUUGUCCAAACAAUUGCCAGAGUUAAUAUUAUCACAGUAAUAUGUAUAGACUCAAUGGGCAUUUAAUAUUUGAAUGUGACAGAUCCAAUAAGAAAUCUAUUUAAAAAUAAAAACGUAUUUGUUAAUAAAAUAUAUAUUUUUAGUUUUACUCAAGUAUUAUUUAUUAUUACUGUCUUAACUGUUGUUAAGAUAAUUUAUAUUUUACAGUUAUUUUAUAGGUAUCUUAAACUACAAUUAUAAUAUAUCAAUAAUUGGUAUGAUAUUUUAUGACAUAAUAGUUAAUUUAUGCUUAAUACAUAUUGUUUGCUUAAUACCUAAUGUUCUUUAAAAUUACUCAUAUAGACAUAUUUAUUACUAAGUAUUACAGUAAAAUGUACUAGAGUUACUAGUUUAUAAUUUAGACUCUAAAUUUACUUACUUAUAUGGCCUAACCUACUAACACAGUGUUUAUAGCUUAUUAUUAUUAAUUAAAUAUUUUUGUUAGUUUAAUGGAUUAAAAGUUUUAAAUAUAUUUAUAAGACUAAUGCAUUUUAACAACUUUAAUAAUUUGUAUGGUUUUCAUACUAUUUAUUCAAUAAUAAUUUAUCACAUUGCUUUUUUAUUUAUAUACCCAAUUAAACAGUGUGUAGGUAUCUAUACUUAUUAAAUAUUUUUUGCGUGUAAUUGAUUAAAACAUUUAAACAAUAUUAUGUUUAUAGAUUAUGACACAAAUGACAAUAUUUAUCGUCUUCCUUGUCCAAAUGAUUGUGGUCGUAGUUACAAAGGAACUUACAGGAAGAAAAAUCUUAAAAGACAUUUAAUGCUUGAAUGCGGAGUCAAACCUCAGUUCCAAUGUUACAUUUGUCAAAAACGAUUCAGUCAAAAAUCAAAUUUAAAAACACAUCUUUUAUGUGUUCAUAGCUAAAAUUGUAUAAUAUAAGUAUUUGUAAUAAUCAUAAUGUAUUUAAAACUAUUAAUAAAAACAUUGUAUCAAUUUAAAACGGUUAUAAUAGUUUAAUUUUAUAUUAUUUUGUAAGAACCUAAAUAUCUAAUUUAAUUUUAGUAUUUGCUUAAAUAGCUGAUAUGACUGGUUUCUGGCAUUUGUCAAGCAGGUACAAUACAUAGCAUAAACUCAAUAGAUAUUUAAUAUUAAUUGAAUGUAACAGUUACUAUGUAAAAUUUGUCAAAAACGAUCCAAUUAGAAACCAAAUUUUAUAUAAAAUAAAUCAUGUAUUUGUUAAUAAAAUAUAUCUAUAAUUUUAUAUAGGUAUUAGUGAUGGACAAUAUCGAACUAUUUGAUAGUUGAUUAAAUUGUAAUUAAUCGAUAGAUCAAUAGUUUGUAUUCGGUAUUGGAAAAAACUAUUAUAUUAGUUUUUUUUGUAUGUCACUGUUCUCACCAAAGCAACUUGCAACCAAAAUUAAAGCAAUGCAACUGUGCGCAUUCAAAUUAACAAACAUAUUCUCACUGAUUGCAACAUUACGGAAAAGUGAUCCAACUUGCAUGCAACUUAUUUGAAACCUACUGAAAUCAACUCUACAUGCACGGUUUUUUCUCCAGUUGCAUAUCAUUCUGCAUUACCACCUUAAUAUCAUCAGUUUUUAAUUAAUAUUUAACAUAUGUUUUGGAAUUCACGCGAUAAUAACCAUGACAUUUUUCUAGAUUUCUAUCCAAUUCUUUUAAAACGAUAAAUCUACACAUUUUUAAUGUAGUGCCAAAAUGUGCUAAUUUUUUAAUUUUUAAUAGGCAACAACAUCAUUCCCAGAUGAAGCCAUAUUAAAUUAAUAACUUAACUACUAUUAAAAUGCACUGAGAGAAGAUAUAUAACACACUGAACAACAUAAUAACUAAAAAUAGUUGCAGUUUAAAAAGUAAAUAUAAUUUCUUAUUGUUCUUUUAUAAAAGUACUGAGUACAAUGCAAUAAAUUGUGUUUGCAAGUUGCUUUGAAAACAAUGUCUAUAGGUAGUUUUUAUUCAAAAAAUAUAAUUUUGCAUAAUUACUGUGAAAACACAGUGCACUGUAGGUAGUAAUUCAUAGAAUUAUUUUCAAACCCUAUUUAACUCUAAAUUUAACUACCUAACCUAUUAACGCUGUGUUUGUAUCUUAUUAUUAUUAAUUAAAUAUUAUAUUGGUAUAAUGAAUACAAGUUUUAAAAAUAUAUUUUUUUUUUUAUAGAUAAUGGCACAGAGGCAGAUAUUCAACGGAUUUAUUGUCCAAAUCAUUGUGGUCGUAGUUAUAGAGGACAUUACAGAAAGUACAAUCUUAAUAGGCAUUUAACAUUUGGAUGUGGAGUUGAACCAAAGUUCCAAUGUCAUGUUUGUCAAAAACGAUUCACUCGAAAAUCUAGUUUAAAAUGCCAUUGCAUAUUUUUUCAUCAAAUAAAUAUUUAGUUUUACUUAUUUAUAAAUAUUUUAACAACAGUAAAAAUUAAUCUAGAUUUCACCUACAUCCCAACUAUUUGGGGUCGGUUAUCAAGUCUUUUUAUUUUUAAUAUAUUAUUUAUGUUCAAAUUAAAUGUUCGCUUAUAACAUUAAACAAAAUUGGUUUUAUUUUACAAUCUUAUGUAUUACCUCAAAAUAAAAUUUAUUUAACAAAUUGAUAUCAAAUAAUUAAAUGAUAAAAUUAUCAUUCAUCAUUUUAUCAUAUGAUAAAAUAUGCUUGAUUUUAACCACAGUCUUAGAUUAUUAUUCAUUUGAAAGCAUAGAGAUAAUUAACCAUGUUUAAAAGUAUUGCACAAAACAAACAUUUUUAUUGCUACCUAUCUAUCUAAUUGUUAUAUAUUGUUUAUCUACCUAUCAAAUAUCAUUCAUUAGUUCAUUACCUAACAGUUUACUUUUUUGUUAACAUUCCUUUUAAAAUGGAAUUAGUUCUCGUUCCUUUAAGCACUCGUUUUUUUUUUUCCAAUAAACACCUACCUAAUACAAUCCAAAAUAAUGUUUUUAUAUUCUUAAUUAGAAAUCAUCACAAAUUAAAUUGUUUUGGGAAUAUAUUGAUAGGUACAUAUUUGACAUAUUUUAUAAGGUUUUUAUGAGAUAUUCAAUAGUCACUUCACACUAAUUGUGUGACAUGUAAAUUUUUAUAAAAAAAUAAAUAUAUACUGCGAGUUAUGUACCUUGUAUGUUAAUAAAAAUGAAAAUAUUACAUUGUGUCAUUAUGGUAAAAAAUACGGGAUCCUGCUUCCGUUUUGUUUUUUGUUAUCAGUUUUUGUCAUUUAUGAUAUGCAUGUAUAACGUAUUUAUCGUAACUAUAUCAUAUGUUGUAAGUCACAGUAUAUAUAUGUAAGGUAUUAAAUUUAUUGUAUUAUAAUCAUGAAUCACGUAUAUCUUUAUUCGUGAUUACAAUAAAAUAUCAUACUGUCAUAGUUAAAUAUUUUUAUGAAUUAUUAUCGUUAUCAGAAAAGAUGGAACACCAAGGCGAAUGUCAAUAAAAAUUAGUUGGACAUGUCUCGUUUAUUAGAUUAAAAACUUAAUAAACAAAAUUGUUUUCCCCACAUAUGUUUUAAAACACAUUAAAAAGAACAACAAAAUAAUUACAAUAUUUAUGUUCAUAUUCAUAAAAAUAAGAAGUUAAUUCACAUUCCUAUUCCUUUGAAAAUAAUGGAAUUAAUUCCUUCCUUCGUUCCUCUAAAAAGAAAAACAAUUCCAAGAAUCGCUCCUUUAGGAAGGCGUUCCCUAACAACGCAGCUCAUUAAUAAUAUAACCAUUAUAACCUUACCAACUAACACAGUCAGAGUGUGUACCUCUUUAUAACCUAACUAAUUAUUUUUAAAUAAUUUUUUUUUUAAAUAAAACCAAUUAUGUUUUAGAUCAUGACACGGAAGCAUUUAUUCAACGGAUUUAUUGUCCAAACAAUUGUGGUCGUAAUUAUCAAAGUAAUAAUGGGCUCAAAAGACAUUUAAGAUAUGAAUGUGGAGUUGAACCACAAUUCCGAUGCCCUAUUUGUCCAAAACGAUUCAGUCGUAAAUCAAAUUUAAAGCAACAUGUCUUAUUUGUACAUAAAUACACACAUUAAAAGUAUGUAUGCCCCAUUUAGUACGCAAUCCUGCGUAAAAACUCCCCUUUUCUUCGCUCCUUUGGUGCGCAAAUUAUAGUUUGUAAGUACACAAUUGCUACUCGAGCUGAUAUACACAAGCGGAUGACAUCGAUUUGUUUAUAUAUUGUUGUAACUUUUAUAAGUAACAUUAAAAAUUUCAGUGUUUUGGUAGACUGGAAGCCUUCUUAAUUCUUUUUCUUCGUCCCAAUUAUUUAUGGUUAGGUAAAUAAAAAAACAACCCAGUUGACAGAUUUUUUUUGAAAAACGAAAUUUGUACCAGCUUACCUAACAAGUUUUUGUUGAUGAUACUUUGUAUUUGGUGUGUAAUUUAUUGAUACUAUAAUACAUAGGUACCUUCUUACAAAUAAAUGACGUGUAUGAAUGCGAAGUUUGGUUUUAUUUUAUUAUUAAUUUCCACUGUAAAAGUUUAAACACUUGGCGUACUAACUAGGUUUUACAGUAAUUAAUUAAUAUAGGUAUAUAAUUUAUAAUUAAAAUAAAAGAAUAAAUGGUAAUAUAAAAAAUAAAAAUAUUAAUAGGUAGGUAAAAAAAUUUGAUAGUUUUAAGUAUAAUUCAUUAGUUGGUAUACUGUUUGGAAAGAACUCAAUUAAAAUUGCUGCUUGUAUAUUUAUUGUUUUACAGUUUUCGUGACUUAAAAUACAAUUUUAAUAUCAUCUAUAAAUUGAUAUUGAAUAAUUAUAUAUUAAUUUAUACAUGACCUUACAUUCAUUCAAAAAUACACAUAAAAAAAUUUGUAUUAAUCUAUUAUUAUGGUAAAAUAUGUUUAACUUUACUAUAUUUUAUUGAAUACCUAAUACUUGAAGUUAUACGGCUCAUAGGUGUAGGUAUAGAUUAUUUAUCUAGGGAGGUGGGUAGGAUUUAUUAUUGGUUAACAUUAAAAUUAUAUUUAUUAUUAUUUAUUUAUUUACUGACAUUUUCGAAAUGGAGAGUUAACUUCCUUACCCACUACCCUGAUAUGACCUUACCAACAUAGUGUUAAUCUCAUUAUUAUUAUUUAAAUAUUAUUUUGUUAUAAUACUAAAUACAUAAUAAUUUAAAACUUUUUUUUUAUUUAUAGAUUAUGGCGCAUACUAUGCAAGUAUUCAACAGAUUUAUUUUCUAAAUCAAUCGCUACGCCCUGAACCUAAAAGAAAGUACAUUAAUAAAUGAGACUAAAAAAAAUAUAUUAAAUAAUGAUGAUGAUAUAUAUGAGUUAUAUAAAUAAGACUGAAAAUAAAAUCAUGUGAUAAUAUAGAUAUAAAUUACUUUUUGCGGUUAAUUUUGAAACUUUAAAAAGAAACACAAAAAUCGUCGUCACUAAAAUAGAUGGAAAUGAAUAAUUACAUAAUUACAUUAAUGAAUAUACAUAUACAUUUUUAAAAAGAAACAACCAAAUGAUAGAGUUUUUUUGUUUUCUAUUCAUAAUUUAUGAAGCCACUGUUUUAAUUGAACAAAUUGUCAACAAAAUUAUAAUUCACAAACAAAGAAGAGGAAAUUAUUUAUUUGAAUAGCUAACCAUUAUAAUAUUUAAGUUACUUAUUAAGUUUAAUUAAGCUUUGUUAAGUUUACUUGUAUAGUAUUAUUAAAAAGUUGUUACUUUCAUGUUGAUGUGAAUAAAAAGCACUUAUUAUGUUAUGCCAUAAAGUGAAGUUAAUAUUUUUGUUAGAAAUGUUUUUGGAUUCAUUUUAGAUUCGGAGUGUAUGAUGCUUAUAAUUUUUAUUUUUUUUAUCAGUGAACAACUUCAACUUUUCUGAUUUUCAAUAAUAGUACUUUUUUGAGUGGUACUUUAUGGAGAUUAUUUUUUUGAUUUCCCAAAUGGUUUUUAUAAUAAUUGGGAAAAUACAUAGGAAAAAUGAAAAGAUAUAUGUACAUGUAUAUAAAAAAAAACUGCUCUGAAUCGUUUAUUAUUGCAUACCUACAGAUAUAAAUUGAAUUCGCCUUUAUGUACUAUCUUUUUAACUUCUCACCAACAAUAUUGGUCUAUAUACCAGUCGUGUAAAGUAUGUCUGUCUUUUAAAAUAAAUAUUUUAUAUCAAGUAAUAGUUAAUAGGUUAAAAUUGAAUUCAAAAAUAAAUUUUCAGAACUGUUUCAAGUCACCAAAAAUUUAGUUUACUUAAAACAGCCAUAUUUUAUUUUUUUCUGAAGCCAUUUUUGGUCUAAAAUUUUAAUGUAGAAGCUUAGACUACUUAAGAAACUUAUGCAGUUAUUUAUAUUUUUCAUAGACUUGUGAUAUUUUUUUUAAACUCAGAAUCGGUACUAAGAAGAAAGUCAAAAUUUAAUCUAAUCAUCUCGGUUGACUGUAAUGCAACUGAUACAAAAUUUGAAAAAUUAUAAACAAAUUUGUGAUUGUAGAUAUCAUUAUAUUUUUAGUGUUAUAAGUGAAAAAUAAUUUAAACUGAUAAUUUUAAUAGAUUAAACUGUUAACCUUUAUUCAUCAUACAUUUAUAAGAGUUUUUUUAUUUUAUUUUUAUUUUGAAAUUUUAUUUAUGAUUUAAGAUAACCUAAGUUUUUUCUAUCAGUCUUUAAUAAAUAUCAAUAUUGGAAACAAAUUAAAUUAUAAAUUAUAUAUCAUGUAUUAAAUUUCAUUAUUAUUAUUGUUUGUUUUUGAAUUUAUUUAGUUUUUAAUUUUUAAAAGCCUUGCUUUGUUACUUCACUAACUAAUUAUUGAAUCAAUUUUUAUUUUAUAUAUAUACAAUGUGGGUAUAUUUAUAAUCUCGGAAAGUAUUACAUUUUUCCGGAAUGUUUUAUAGAAAAUUUAAGAAACAAGCUGCUCUACAAUUUUAUAUCUAUAUUAUUUUUUGUCACUCUUAUUUUUGGGGGUAAAACCACUACCUACUUUUGACUUUAAAAUGGCAACCUAUAUUACAAAUACCAUAAAUAAAUGUAGUAUAAGUAAAAAUAAAUUUCAACAUCGACAUUUUUUUUUAACUAAUACUCCAUUUAUUUAUGGAAUUUUUAAUAUAGGUUGCCAUUUUAAAGUCAAAAGUAGGUAGUUGUUUUACCCCCAAAAAUAAGGGUGACAAAAAAUAAUAAAGAUAUAAAAUUGUAGAGCAGCUUGUUUCUUAAAUUUUCUAUAAAACAUUCCGGAAAAAUUUAUCUCUUUCCGAGAUAAUGAGUGUACCCAUUUAAAUGGAUCACCCGGUAUACCUAAAUGCAUAAAAAAAAUGGCCUAUGUUUAUAGAUAUUUAUGGUACAAUUGCAAAAAAUCAUCGGAUUUAUUGUCCAAACAAUUGCGGUCACAGUUAUACGGGAACUUACAGAAAGAAAAAUCUUCAUAGACAUAUUAUGUUUGAAUGUGGUGUGGAACCAAAGUUUCAAUGUCUUAUAUGUGAAAAACGGUUCAGUCAGAAAUGCAGUUUAAAGAAACACGUUAUAAUUAUUCAUAAAUCAUUGUUAUAAAUUUAAAAUUAAAUGAUUGGUUAUUUUUUUAAGAGAAUGUCACAUAUUAUAUUAUCCUUGUAUGCUGUCUCAAUUUACAGACGUCCAUUAACAAAUUUAAGUUACUUAUAAAAUGGAGACGGCACAUUUAAUUAAUAAAGUACCUAGGCAACUAAAUCAUAUCCUCUUAAAUCGUGUGAGUGAGUGUGCCAUUUCAUUCAUUUAUUUAGAAAAAUAUUUUAUACAAAAUGCUUUGUACGCUUACAAAAUGUGUACACAUACAAAUAAAUAAAUUUAUUUUCAAAUGUACAUACCUAGCUAGGUAUUUUUCAUCCAAUUUGUUUAUUUAGUGCCAUUCUAAAAUGUUUUAUUGUUUUAUGUAAGGUACCAGUAUUGAUAAAAAAAAUUAUGUUUAUAGAUUAUGACACAAAUGACAAUAUGCAUCGUCUUCCUUGUCCAAACGAUUGUGGUCAUAGUUAUAAAGGAAUUUACAGAAAGAAAAAUCUUAAAAGACAUUUAAUGUUUGAAUGUGGUGUGGAACCCCAGUUUCCGUGUUUUAUUUGUCAGAAACGAUUUAGUCAUAAAUCAAAUUUAAAAAAACAUGUGAUAUUUGUUCAUAAUUCAUUUGUUUAGCUGUAUCAAUUUAUCAUAAUUUAUUUAUUUCAUAAUAAUUAAGAACUUGUGUCUAUGAUCUGUUAUUUUAUUUUAUAAAAUUUAUUUGAAAAUAUCUAAAUUAAAUAUUCCUUGUUUACUGCUUUGAUUGCAGUACCUAUCUAUGCGUUUUAUUUAAUGUUCAAAUAUUAACUAUGUAGGUACUAAUUUAUGUACAUAGUUUACAUUCUUGUUACCUAAUAAUUUCUAAAACGGUUUAGUAUCACCUACUAAAAAAUAUUUUUGUUUAAUUAAUUAAUUUAAAAAAAUGUAAAUAAUUAUAGAAUUUGUCAAAUAUUCAUAGUGUUCGUUGUCCUAAACAAAGAUGAUUGGAGUUAUUACAGAAAACAAAAUUGUAUUUAACGAUAUAACAAAUAGUUUUAAAAUGUUUAGGUUCCAAUUAUGUUUGUAAAUGUGUGUUAUAUAUUAUUAAUUAUUACUACUUAGCAGGGUUGGAAUGUAUAAUACAGUAAAGUAUAAAACAUGUAUUGUACGUAUAAAACUAUAUAUUUUAUACUUUACAUAAUUUUUUUUUUUUUGGCUGCAACACUGAACAGAAAUUAUCCGGUGAAAAAAUUCAAUUUCCAAUUGAAUUUAAUCAUCAUUUUAUUUGUAUUAAUUUGUAUUAAUUUCCUAAGAUACAUGUGAUAUUUGUUAUGUUAAUUACUAAGUUCAUUUUUAUUCUUUAUUAAUAUUUAUAAUACUAAAAAUGUAUUUGUUUUGUUUUUAUUUUAUUCUAAAUUUAUGAAAAUUCACCAAAUUGAUGUGAUUUGUAAAUUUGUUAUAAUAAUUUAUAAAUUUAAAUACUUAUUAAAAUUGCAAAUGUAUAAUGUUGAAACCAUUAUAAUAAACUUAAAAAAAAAAAUAAAUAUCAAAAAUUGAUUUUUAAACAGAGUUUUUAAAAAAAAUCGACCAAUCGUGGUCGGAUAUCAGCCAUAAUCUCAGUUUAAGAAUCAGGUAGACGACUUUUUUUCCAUUGGUGAGAACUGUCAUUAUAAAGUCAUUAUAAAGUUACCCUAGAUUAGAAUGAUCAUUUAUUUAGAUCAUUGUUACCCUACGUUUCAUACGUAGGGUAACGUAUAAAACGUUUUAUACGCGUAUAAUAUUACCAACCCUGCUAAUUAGUGCCUAUAUUACAAUAUAUCUGUCGGAAGAGUUUCGUUACUUUAAUUCGUGGUUAUAGAUACUACAAAGGCUUGCACGGACCGAUAAUUCCUGACCCGGCCAGGUUGUAAAAUAAUCCGGUCCUGCCAGAUUUUUUUGUGCACAUAUAUAUAAAAGUUUGGUCAGGGAUUUUAUUAGCGUGCGUGGAAUUUUAAACUGAACCGGACCCAGUUUAAAAUUUGUUUUCGAAGCCCGGCUCGGAUUUUUUCUUAUCAUUUUCCAAUAACUGUACCACGCCCUGUCGUCUAGGUUUGAAAUAAAAAUUUAAGUAAUGGUCAGCAUAUUUUUAUAAAAACAAGUCCGGUCCUUUAGUAUGUGCCACGAAAUACGGAUAUAAAUACUUGUAUAGCGUUGUACCUGUAUUAAAAUAUUAAUAGGUGGCUAUUAUCUAUGAUGUAUUGAGUAAUAUUACUCUAUGUUAUGAUGCAACUUAUGUUCUUGGUGGUCUUAUAUUAUUGCUCAUUGUGUAACCAUUGUUGUGGCCAUUGUGCUUCGAAUUAAAAAGUAAUGAAAACUUCUUUAGUUAUCUAUUAUUAUUUUUAGGUAUAAAAUAAUUUAUAAAAAAAAUCAGACAUAAUAUUAUACAGGAUACAGGUAUACCAAAAUGAUUUGGUAUUAUAAUGUAAAUUAAUAUAAGUAAUAUGGUCGUAAUAAAUACACGAGUAGGUAAUAUUAAUUAUAAUUAUGUUUAUAGAUUUUGAUACAAUGGCUGGCAUGCAUCACAUUUAUUGUUCUAACAAUAAUAAUUGUGGUCACAGUUAUAUGGGACCAUACAGGUCACAGGAAGACUAAGACUUUUAAUGUUCGAAUGUGGAGUGGAGCCGUAAUUUCUGUUGUAACAUUUGUAUCAAACGAUUCACUCAGAAAUCAAAUCUAAAAUUAUAUAUUUUUUGUAUUUAUAGUGUUGUUUUAUUACUUUUACUACGUAGUUAAUGGUAAUUGUGGUUUAUUUAACAACAUUCAAAUUUACAAAUUAUGUCUUUAGUGCUGGUAAUUUGUAUUAUUGCAUAUUUAAUAAUGCUAAAAUCGAAUAUUUAUGGUGUUAGAUACUAUUAUACUGGCGUAUAACCCCAGUUUUAAUGGCAUUCUUGUCUGGAACGAUUUAGUCAAAAAUCAAAUUUAAAAUAAUACAUGGAAUAUUCAUCUUAAUAAAUUUAUUUAGUUCUACUGACUUCUACCGUUGUACUUAUCUUGAAUACCUAUUCCAUAUUAAUAUUAUUAUUUGAAAUGAUCUAAAUUAAAUAUUUACUGUAUACUGUUUUGGUUAUAUCAUACCUGCUAUGCAUAUUAAAUAAUUAAAUAUUAAAGCAUGCUUAAAAGUUAUCACCUUUAUAUAAAUGUUAUAAAUAUAUGUAUUAUUUUAUGUUUUUUUAUUUCAAUUGGUAUAAUUUCUAAUAUAAUACCUGUUGUCGCUUUGAAUUAAACAGAUGGAAACAUUUACUUAUUUUAUCAUUUUUUUAUUAUUAUUUUUGGACGCAUUUGAAAAUAUUUACACUAGUACCUAUGUAAUUACAAUUUAAAUGUUAAUAAACAUAUAUAUAUAUAUAUAUAUAUAUAUAAAUCCAUAAUAUUUAUAGGUUAUGAAAAAGUACCCGUAAUAGAUCGGGUUUAUUGUCCAAACCGUUGUGGUCGUAGUUAUACAGGAGAUUACAGGAAGAGCAGUCUCAAAAGGCAUUUAAGGGAUGAAUGUGGAGUUGAACCACAGUUUUGUUGUACUAUUUGUCAAAAACGAUUCACUCAGAAAUCAAGUUUAAAAUCACACCUUAUAAAUAUUCAUGCUGUAAUUGUAUAGUUUUACUAACUAUCUAAUUAAUAAAUAUUAUUCUUUAUUUAACAACAUUAAAAUUCACCAAUCAUGUAUUUAUUUCUAGUGAUUUUUAAUUAUUAUUUAACAAAGGGCGUGUUUUCAGUAAACAGUUUGCUGCAUUGUUUGCUGUUAUUGGCUACUUGGUCAGUUACUCGCCAAAAUGUUUAAUUUACCAUAUAGUAUUUUUUGUUGUAUAAAAUGGAUGGAAUGAUUGAAUGAUAAUUUUUAUCAGUAGAUUAUUAGGAAUCGAAAACAGUAAACGUAGUUUUCAAUGGGAGUUGUCAACAUUUUUCCCUCUAUAAUUUUGUCUGAUUGAAAAAAUAGUUAUUUUGUUUCUCAUUAUUUUAGGACUUAAAUUUUUUUUAAAAUAUAACUAAUUUAAAAAGAUUAAAAUGUGUCUUACCAAAUAUCAGCUGCUAUAUUAAGGUUACCAUACUGAUAAGAAUGCAUUAAUAACGAUAUUAAUCUGAGAUACAUAAUAAGGCGUGAUUUCAGUCACAGUGGUAACCCAAUAAACCAGAAACCGGGUAAGACAUAUCUAAUUCCCUCAAAAACUAAUCAUUUUGAAAAAUUUUCAAUUUAUUGAUUUUUAAACUCAAUUUAUGAAGGAUUAAAAAGUCAGAAUGGAAAAUUAAUUUUUUUCUGAGCUUGCCGUGUUCAUUAAAAUAAGAUUCGUGGAUUUAAUCAAACAUUUUUUUUUUUUUUGAAAAUCUCCAUUGUUUCCAGCUGAUUCCGGCAACCCGAUUACCGAAAAGAUUAGAAGGACUAGGAAUUAUAUGAAAUAAAAAAAUAAUGAAAUAUGCGUUUUGUUUAUUAAAAAUAUGCAAAAAUAUACCAAUAAAAAUAUUAUUAACUGAAGAAAAAAAAAUGUUUACAAAGUUCUAAAAUCUAAAAAACAAUCAUUAAAAUCAUUCAAAUGUAUUACAUGAUUUAAAUUUUCAAAAAUGAACGAACUUCUGUUAGUUUUUAAGAUAUUCUUAUAUUUACUAAAACUCCGUUUGACAUGAUGCCAUGACGGUAACAUUUGCGGAUUUAAAUUGUGUUACUUCUGCAGGAAUUAAAUUUAGGAAGACUUCAUCCAAAUUAUUUCUAUUAAAAAUAUUACGUAGAUAACAUAAACAUAGAUUCUAGUCCUGUAUUUUUUCUAACUAAUUUUUUAAUUUUUGGUCGAGUUUUUCAGCAAUAAAUUGUACAUUUGUUUCGUCAAAGUUUUAAUUUUUGUUUUUAACGGUCUCUAAACUCUCGUCGAGUUUAUUUUAAAAUAGAUACACCAAACACGAUGACUGUCAAACAUAUACUAACUUUUAGAAAUAUAAACGUAUACAUUUAUUUUUAUCCAGUAUAACUAUUAACUGUACAAUAUAAAAUCCUUGAAAAUAUUAGCUAAAUUAAAUAGCAUUUUUCGCAUUUUUGUUAUUGAAAUAUACAAUAAUAUUAAUUAUAUUCAAUGUAUGCAAAGUAUGCAAAAAAAAAAAACACCCCUAUCAAUCUCAACAUGAGCUAAUUUGUGGAUAUGACUGAUAAAAACACUAAUCAAAAGUUGAAAAAAAAAUACCAAUGCAUAUAAUUCCUAGCCUAGUUAUUAGUAAUAGUUAUUCAUAACUAAUUAUAAUAUUAAGUAUAAUAAGAAACACGACGCAAAAGAAAAUUCACUUUAGUGAUAUAAGACCGUAUAUGAAAAUUGCAUAAAAUAAUUAUUUAUUUUUACACCGGCAAAAUGACAAUUUAAUUGUCACUUUGAGGAACAUCUAAUGCAGAUCAAAAUAUCUUGGUCUUAGUAUUAAUCAACUUGCAAUCUAUUAACUAAAAAUAAGUUGAACCAAGUAAGAAAAGCAUGAAGAUGCAUGUUAAAAUUGAUGAAUGUUUCUAAAUGUGGAUAACUCUCGGCCUAUACAAAAGUUUUCUAGGGUUAUUCAAUAGUCUAUAAAAACUAAAAAAAAUUAUAAUAAUUGUAUGUAGGUAUAAUAGGUAUACCUAUAAUAAAACUAUAUAUUUUAUAACACUAACAUAUUAAUGCUUUAUUUUAUUAUUCUUAUUUUUACAAAUAUUGUUACCUACUCAUAAUAUUUGCAUUUUCAUUGCAUUUCUAUUUGAUGUAUACAAUUUAUAUCCAUGUUAUGUUUUUUAGAUGGAUACACAAUGUCACACAUUGAUUCAAUUCAAUGUCCAAAUAACUGUGGUCGUAGUUAUAAAGGAGCUCGCAGAAAAUACACUCUUAAUAGGCAUUUAAUGUUUGAAUGCGGAGUAGAUCCACAGUUCCAAUGUCAAAUAUGUCAAAGAAAAUUUCCUCAUAAUUCAAAUUUAAAAAAACAUCUCCUGUGUGUUCAUCAAUCUUUUAUUCAAUAA